CGAAACGCUUUUGACGUCUACUGUCAAACACCCACAGCUGCAGCGACAUCGAAAAUAUCAUAAAAACCUGCGGAACGGUCGGAGCCGUGUCUUGCGGCUAUCUAAAUCGCUCUCCUAAUAAAUAAAGACUAAACUAAAACAAUAAUUCAAUUAAAACAGCGUUCCCAAAGCUAAAUAAGAUGUGAUCUUGUGUUAGUUAUAUGAGAAGUGGCAGUUUAUCGCUGAACAAACAUUAUCGGCACGGAUGGAAUGUCCCUGGCUUGUGCAGACGCGCGGGUAUGAUGGUGGUGCGGUUGAACCUGCGCGUGGCGCUCGGCGCGCUGUGCUGCGCCGUGGUCGCGCUCACGCUGUUCUGGGCGCGUUGCGGGGAGCUCAGCCGGCCGCCAGUCGGUUCGAUGCUGUCAAACGCGUUGACCGAGCGAACAGCGCGCGAUCAGAUCGAAUGUUCGAUCAACGGCGAAUAUUCGAUCGCUUGUCGCAGGGACCGGGACGACGUGUACGUGCCGUUUAAUUUCAUAAGGAAAUAUUUUGAGAUAUAUGGGAAAGUAACAUCAGUGGAUGGCGUCGAGAAAUUCGAAUGGUCUCACAGCUACAGUAAAAUCUACCACCCGAAGAAAAAGUACGAUCCGCGCGGCACCUUCGUUACCUUCGAGAACUACAACGUCGAAGUUCGCGACCGCGUCAAAUGCGUGAGCGGGACGGAAGGUGUUCCCGUCUCCACGCAAUGGGAGCCCAGAGGCUUCUAUUACCCAACGCAGAUAGCUCAAUUUGGCUUGUCACAUUACAGCAAGAAUAUUACAGAGCCUGAACCAAGAAUAAGGGUGUUAGAUGACAGCGAGAAGUAUUUAGAGAACUGGAUUGUCAGUAAAGACGCGGCAUUGUCAAGGGUAUUUGAUGAGAAAGUGCGUUCGAAUGUUUUAAAGUUUUCGACGACGGAGUUGGCGUCGAGCCAGGUGUGGUUGAAGGUGAAUAUUAGCCAGGACUUCGUGUUGAGCGCGGAUGUGCUGCUGAGGCCGAACUCCUCGGUGACGGUGGUGCUGCAGAACAAGGAGAGGAAAGAGACUGCUUAUUUGCAUUAUGUUACCAAUACACAGAUGAUUUAUGCUCAGGAGGAGCAUAUAUACUACGGCAUCGGGGCAGAAGCAAUAUGGCGGCGGCUGACGCGCGACCUAAUCGUCGACAUGCAAAAAGGCUGGGCCUUGUUGGACCGGCCCAAGCGGAAGUCGCCACGAACCAAGUUCAAGAUCUCCAGCAUAAUCCUAAGCGGCAACGGUUCCCUCGACAACCUGACUAUAAGCACCAGCGCACACAUGGAGCAAUUCUACGCGGCCGCCACGUGGCUGGUGCGGCGACAACGGGCCCGGAGCGGAGGCUGGCCCAUACCCGUGCGGCGCCGGGUGGCUGCAGGGGUCACUGACCUGCGGCCUGGCUGGCACUCGGCAAUGAGCCAAGGGCACGGCAUCUCGCUCCUGGCCAGGGCGUUCCACCGCAGCGGCGACGCUGCGUACCUGCGAGCGGCUAAAAAAGCCCUUUAUCUACUGGAUGUACCGAGCCACGCAGGCGGCGUUAAAGCUAUGUGGAUGGAUAAGCAUGUCUGGUACGAGGAAUACCCCACAAAACCGCCGCUGUUCGUCCUAAACGGGUUCAUAUACACGCUGCUCGGCCUCUACGACCUCCACGUCAUCGAAGGUGAGAACUCCAUCUCCCUCGCCAAGAAGAUGUUCGAUGACGGCAUGACGUCACUUAAAACAUUACUCCCAUUGUUUGACACAGGCAGCGGCAGCUUUUAUGAUCUUAGGCAUUUCACGCUAGGCGUAAGUCCUAAUAUUGCACGAUGGGAUUACCACGCUACUCAUGUGAAUCAAUUGUACUUACUAGCGGGGUUAGAUGAUGACCCAAUAUUGAUAAAUACGGCUAAAAGAUGGGAGGGGUAUAUGCAGGGGAAACGGGCAGCGCAUAAUUGAGUCAAAUUGAAUUUUAUUGCGUUGCAAUAAGAGCUGUUUACUAUUGAAACUGGUUUCUAUGACCUUAGGGUAUUUUACGCUUGGCGUAAGUCCUAAUAUUGCACGAUGGGAUUAUCAUGACACUCAUGUGAAUCACUAGCGGGGUUAGAUGAUGAUUGAUGACCCAACUUUGAUAGGGAUAAUAAGAGAUGGGAAUAUGCCGAGAAAAAGAGCGGCUCACAAUUGAGCCAAAAUGAAUAUUAUUGGGUUGUAAUAAGAAAUAUUUUCCAUUGAAAUUGGUUUCUAUGACGAUUGGCAUUCCACGUCAGGCGUAAGUCCUAAAUAUUGCAAAUAAAUAAAAAAAAGUCUUUACCAUUAUUAUGGUUUUAAAAUAAAUAGAGGAAAUUGGAAAUUUGUACUAGUAUUAGGACUGGGAUGCUAGAGGUUAAAGCAGAUUUGUAAAAAAUCUUAUGGUCAACGAAAACUUGAACGCUCUGUUGACCGAGCCAACUCUUGCUAAUGGAAAUUGUGUGUUAUCUUGAAAUAAAUAAAGCUCAUAAUCGAAUCAUCGAUUUUGGUUUUGAAUCGGGAACAUUAUUGAACGAUUUCUAUAUAUAAAUACAGGUAAUAUGUAUGCACAUUAUUAAGAAGUUUAUGUAUAUACGCUGAACAAAUGCGAAAGACUAGUACUUGUAAUAAUAAAUAGCUGCUAUUCAAUAAAGAUAUAUCGACAAAUAUUUAGAAUGAAAUGCAAUUCUAUUAAAGUCAGUUUAGAGUUGAUAUUUGUAUACUCAAUUUUCAACAUAUCUUAGUGUUGAAUUUGAAUAUAUCUCAUACUUUUAUAUUCGGCGACUUCGGUACAGUCGCUAUCAGAUAUAUUGGAGCGUCAAAGCGCUCACAAAUAUCUGAACAACCUUUGUAUUGUCAAAGCGUUAGAGUGCGUGACGCGCCAUUGAGGACUGUUCUGAAACUUAUGAAUAGUAUUUUAGAAAUGAAGAUGCCAAAAGAGUUGUAUUAGGUUGUGGAUGGUGUUAUGCACGAAAUGAAUGUGAAUGUUAUUGGUUGUUUUCUGCAUAACACUGUCCGCUGGGAAUCGCUGGUGUACCUUUAUAGCAAACAAAUUUGUAGUAUAAAAAGUAUUUCUUUGACUUAGCUUGAGUCGUCAGACCGGAUGGCUUUUUUAAUUAUAGUACAGUACGUAAAUUCGUUUGUUUACAAUCUUGUCUAAAUCAACUGGCGGAAAAAAGUAAUUUUUUUCCUAUCUUCGUAUAACUAUACAUAUACAGUUGUGUAUAAAAGACAUAUCUUUAAGUAGGAUUUUCUAAUAAACGUAACGGUGUAGCGUUGGUGUAGGUAUUUAGUCGUGGUAGCGAGUGGCCCCUAGGAAUCGCGAAAUGUCUAAAUAAUAUAUCAAAUAUCAGAUCUUUGUAUUUAUCAAACCUUGUUAUCAAUGUUGCAAUUCAUUGAAAAUAAGGGCGCGGGCGCUGGUGUGCUGUCGCUCGUCUGUAAGGGCCCUAAGGGUGCGCAAGAAUACGUGUACCCCAAAUGUCCCCCAUUUUGCCCACAUUAACUGUACAUCGGUGGACCUUAUGCCUUUUGUAAUAAGGGCCACCGAUACAGUUACGAGUGUUGCUGUUUGUUCAUUACUUGUCCUUCGCUUUGAGCAUUAAAUCAUAAUUCCACUAUAAAUUGUAUCGUGGGAUCCAUGGCCGUAUUCAACAUUUAGAAUUUGGUACUUAAUAAUUUUCAUAACAAGUUGGGGAUUGGUUGCAAAGAUAGGUUAUUUUAAUAUUCAUAUUUUUUUACUUGUAAGCCCUUGCUACACGGUCGCCGACGAGCCCCAGACCGCGUGGCCUUGGCCGGUCCCGCACCGUGUAGACAGUUGUUACCAACAAAAUUUGACCAAAACUGACCAAGGUCAGACGGUUAGAAGGCUUGUCGGCGACCGUGUAGCAAUUGCUUUAUGCUAUUGUCACGCAGAUUUUUGUAUCGUGAAUUCAACGAAUAAUAGUUAUGACCCUACUUGCCAACCUUUAUUUUGAAUGAACUGCAAUUGGUAACGAGGUUUGAAUAUGUCAGUACUAUUUGAAGGCAACUAUUUCCAUAUGGCCGUAUUAUAAGGCCUCCUCUAACGAACGCACAUAUUUUACCUCAUGUUGUUGUGACUUAUUUACCCCGCUUAUUGAUCUAAGGUCGAACACAAAGCAUUUUAAAGGCACUGCUAUCAAUUAAAAGGGUCAUAAAUCUUAUUAUUAUGAUUUUGCGUUAUGCGCCCUUCCUGUGAACAUUGAUGAUGAUGACUUUAUAUUUAUUUAUUAAAACUUUAUUGCACAAAUAAACAAAAAUGUACAAAUGGCCUGAAUUAAGAUGAAAGCGGACGUUGCGUAAACAUGUUUUUUAUAAUGUUCAUAUCCAGAGAGGAAAAUGGGAACUACGUUUCUAUUAUAGUAACGUUAUUGUAUAAUAGUAACGGUCACGUGACGUCGCAACCUUCGCUGUAAAGUGAAAAACUUAGAAGUGUGUACCCAAAUCGUUUAGUAUUGUAUUGCUCACAGGAAAGACGCAGGAACGUUUUUGACCCAAAAAACAUUACUGUAAGACUGAUGUUUGACUUGUAUGUAUGUUUGUUUUUUUUUUGUCAAUCCGCACUUACAUACUCGUCAGGCUUUCCCCUGACAUGUCAGGAUUAUUUGCCCUCAACUAACCACCACAAUUUAGGUAUAAGUGGAGUAGGGCAUAGGAAAAAAAAUUGGAGAUCCGACCGUCUAGGAAAUGUCACAAUUUUUAGAGUGAUACCCGGAUUUUUGUCAGGAUGUGCCAAUUUUUCAUAUGGCAAAUGGCAACCCUUAUGAUAUUAGGUGGUGAACUCGCGCUUUUGUUUUCGCUAUUCGGCUUGUCACUCUCACGAGUAUGUAAACGCGGAUUUAGAGUAACAAGUCGUAUAGAAACAAAAUCAGCAACAUUCACUUCAACUGAAGAAAUAACAAUCUUAAGUGUAUACUUAAUAAGAAGUGUAAUAAAAAAGUUUUAGUUGAAGUGGAUGUUGCUGACUUUGCUACUAUAUGUCUUACAUGUGUGUCGUUCCGUGUCAGAAUGGAUCUUAGGGUGAUUGCUGCGAGCCACACGUUCAUUGAUAACGAUCAAAAUUCUGUAAACUCAUACCCUAAGCUGUAUUUUUAUAUGGAACCACACAUGUCGUUAACCAUAAAGGUCGCAAUUUAGACAUAGUUGAUGAAUUUGAAUGUACUUAAUUAGAUUUAAUUCAACUAACAUUGUAAUUAAUAUUAUUUAAGUAACAAUUGUGCAUAUCAAAUAACGAUAGUUUAUUUAUUUUAUCUUAGAGAUUAUUAAGCCAUAUUUAAUUUAACAUGUCAAAGAAAUGUCAAUUUGCUGUCCGCUCAACAUAAUUCGUAAAUAAAAAACACUUAAAAUGUCACCUUUGAAUUUCUAACAAACAUAAAUACGUUUUGAUUCAAUAUUAAAGUUUAUGUUUUGUUAUCUGAAUUAAAAUGGACAGCUUAAAAAAAUCUUAUAAAAGUCAUUUCCUGUUCUUGCCUAAUUAUUUAUUGUUAAUUUAAUUUAAAACACUAUUUAUGUUAAACAAGUCUUAAGAACUUACUAACACUACUUAAUAGAUGUUAAGAAAAAUGACAGCUGGGUUGUCAAAUUGUUAGAAUUAUAAACACUCCCAAUGCCUCGAAAUAUUUCAAAAAUGUCUUAUAUUAAUGACAAAUAAUUAUUGUAACAUGUAACCAUAUCUAUUAGUGAACUAUCUGAAUUUGUAAUGUAGGAAAUAUUCAAAAUAUAAUAUAUAUCGAAUAUCUAGUGAAGUGUAUUAAAUAUGUAUUAAAAUUUGUUAUACCUAACACGUAAUAAUUUACCGUCAGUCGUAGCAGAAAACUCUUACCGCGUUUUAAAAAAUUAGCAUAUAAGUAGCCAAACCUUCUUUUUUCUGUGUUCAAAAGAUAAAUAUUUGUUUGUACCACAAAUCGUUUUCGUAGAAAUAGAAAUACUUACAUGCCAAAAUGUAAAAUGCUGUCAGACUGUAUCUAAGAAUUUAGAAAAACAUAUUUUUUUUUUAUAUGGCAGCAGAUAGAUUCAAAAUCUUAUAGACGUAUAUUUAUUUCAAUUGCUAUUAAUUCAUUAUUAAAAUAAAAAGUACAGUAUAUUUGUGUUUUCAUAGUUUUUAGUGAUUAAUUUAAUUUAUUAAUACGCUGCUAAGAUAUGCACCAAGUAUUUUAUUUAAAAUAUUUCUUGCCAAUGUCAUUUUUAUAUAAUUAAUAUAAUUAUGUAUAAAAGACGUGAAUGUCAUUUUCAGAUAAAACGUACCACAUUGACGAAAGUUAAUGUGGAGCUAAAGGCUUACAGAUUCGAUUAAGAAUUUACUUUAUGGACAACUGACAAUGUGGUACCUUUUACGUAAAACGUCACAUUUUUUUUAUUUACUUUAACUUCGUAGGUUGUUGGUCGGCUGUGGUCAACAAUAAUAUUGUACAAUAAAAUAUUUAGGUCAAUUGAAAAAUGUACAUAAAAUACUAGGUACUCCUGCUAAGAAAAUAACAAAUAUGUAUCUCAAUACUCGGUCCACUAUCUCAUAAAUACUGUAUGAAAUUCACGCUACGCGAGAAAAUAAGUACUGAUUUUGAUUUCAUAUUUAGUGGUCAUUUGUAUUCUAGCAAUAUUAAAGGUCUAUUGCUUUGAACGGCCACAGCAUAAUAUAUUUUUAUUUAACUCAAUGAUUCGGACGUGUCACAGCGCCUACGGAUCAGGUAUCAUGAGUGUGUAUUAGGACUUCAGGUGUUCCGACACGGUCGAAACGUUGAGGUGAAAAUGCAUUUAAGUUCCGUUUAUUAUAAAUAUUUAGUGGGGUUUCAAGUUUAAGCCGAUGUGACAAAUGUAUGGACAUAAAACACCACAAUUAUUUCUGACAAACUUCUAAAGAAAUCACAUUGUUAUGCUUGAGUGAAAUGUACCUAUAUUUAUAUCAAAUCGAAAUAAUAUUAUUGCCAGCUAUAUACGCCUCCUAAUUUUAUUUGAGGUUCUUGGUAAUUUAUAUUAUUUACUUAUCUAUUACACCGUACGUGUGGCGUGAUUCAUUUCCUUUUAGUAUUUGAGGCGGAAGAGUCAAUGCAAUCGUAACUAAAAAUGUUUUAAAGAUAAUAUGUUAUUGACAGAUGAUUUCCUUCCAUUUUAUUUUCUACCUUAACGCAUACAUAAAUAAAGUCUAAAAUCUAAAAUAUUCUGCACAACUGUAUGAUGCUUGAUAUAUUGUUAUGAUUAUUACAUCAAAGUAUAAAAUCAAUCGGGACAUUAUCUAUGAAAAGGGACCUUAUUGUCGAUGGCGGUUACGCCGCACAGCGUCGCGCGGCAUCGUAUUUAUAUCGGAGCACCGUUAAUAAUAGCGUAAGCGCCAUCGACAAUAAGGUUCCUUUUUCAUAGAUAACUUCGCAAUUUUAAAUCAUAUUAAACCAUCUGUCAAUCGCAAACUAAAGAUUCAUUAAUUCUAUAUACAUAUAUGUAAGUCUCAAAUAAUUCGUGCUGCGGAUUUGACAGCUGAUGUAGAUGGCGCUGUACGUGUACAGUCCCAUAAAUUAUUCAGUUACCGCAAAGCAUAUGGCGCCAAACAGCAUUAUCUAUUUCAGCUAUCAAACUUGGUUCAUCAUUUUUUCUUAUACCUACUUUCACAUUUUAUACAAUCAAUGCAACUUUUCUAAAGGUAGUAUAGUAUUGUAUCGCUAUUAGACACAUUCCAAUGUAUAAAGAGCUUAUUAUAAUAGUCACUGUAAAUAGUGUUUGUUAUUCGUUUCUGUUGAUAUUUGGUUAUCUUUUAUAGGCGCUGUAUGAUAACAGUUUCGUUGAAUUGUUUUUCAUUUAUUAUUUAACAAUACUAAUGGAUAAAUUUAGUGGAACGCCAAAAAAGGUUUGAUUACUGGAUAAACCUAAAGUAAUUACAAAAAUGGUUUGAUUACUGGAUAAACCUGAAGUAAUUACAAAAAAGGUUUGAUUACUGGAUAAACCUAAAGUAAUUACAAAAAAGGUUUGAUUACUGGAUAAACCUAAAGUAAUUACAAAAAUGGUUUGAUUACUGGAUAAACCUAAAGUAAUUACAAAAAUGGUUUGAUUACUGGAUAAACCUAAAGUAAUUACAAAAAUGGUUUGAUUACUGGAUAAACCUAAAAUAAUAACAAAAUUAGUAAUUAACCCUUUUUUUUGCGUUUCUCUAUGUUUGUCCAUGUGUAUAAUGCUGGUAAUAUUUUUAAGUGCUAUACUCCACUACGCUCUAUGCCACGUGGUUCCAAGUCUUAAAUGUCCAACUAAUGUGACUAUAGUCAAAACAUUACACGGAAACAUUACGAUCGGCCGCCGACAUAUUAUAUGUAUAUUUGGUACGUUAUUAGCGUUAUUACGUACUCCCAUCUCAAAGGCCGCCAACGUACUUCCAAUCCCUUUGGUAUUACCAUCUAAUCGCUUACGAUCCGGCGAAUCGUCUGCUGGUUUGCCUCCACCGUCGAUGAAGUCAAUAAAGCGGUCCACAAUACGCCUGCUGCAUAAGUUGUUUGCCAUCGACUUACAAAUAUAAUACAAAAUACAAAUAAUAUGUCGGUAUGUUUUUAUUGUUUUAAUAAUAGCUGUAAGGAAAAUAUUGCCAGCAUUAUGUUCGACUUUCUAUCUAUUGGUUACCUACAUUAUGAUUGUAUGUAUGAAUAGCGUAAGGUCUGUAUGAUGUAUACCCGCGGUGUAGGAGGUAGUGAAUGCACUUGUGAAUGACAAUAAAGCGUCUCAAACAUU